UUUUUUUUUUGCUUCUACUCAAAUUCUGCACAUGCAUGUUUUUGCUGCAUAUUUCAAAAUAUUGAAAAGUGAAAGAUACAGAGUUGUAGAUAUAAAGGGAAGGAACCAAAUUGAUUCAAUAAUGCCCCCCCUGUUAUAAUACUAACAGUUAAGCUGAUUGUUUAUUAAAAUGUCUCAUGUUAUGCCACGUAGGAUAAAUACCCACUUAAACUUAUACCACAUGUACAGUUAAAAAAGCGAAAAAUUAUACUGUACAAAUCUAAACCAAUGUACCUGUUGAACAUUCCAUUGAAAUGCAACUAUAAAAGAAAAAACACAUUAUUCCACUUAAUGUAACAGUAAGUUAACAGGUAUUUCCUAUUAGCAUAGGGGGCAGAGUAUUUUCGGGAAUGGUUAUUUUGAAUUCAUGUCUUUUGGAAAUCCAAAUUCUGAUCUGUGAUUAUUAUUAUUAAAUCCUUUUUUUCCAAUGGGUAUCUUUGAUCUUUUGGUUUUUGUUAAAUUUUUGAUUCAAAAUCUUGGUUUCUUUGUUUAUGCUUGCCUUUUGGUAGUGCUUCCAAAUUUCCAUAGACGUUGAUUUCACGUCUAACAUUGAAAAUUUCAUUGCAAUGUGGCAACUGUGGAAUGACAAUGGUUAAACACAAAUGCAAAGCAAAGAGUAGACGAGAGAAUCAAAAGCGUGUCCAACAAAGGUUACUAGAAUAUCUAGGAAGAAAAAAAAAUCAUUCCAAGUUCGCUGUAUUGGACAAGGGAACUGAAAUCUGUUCUAAUUUGAAAGAGAUCAUUGACUCAAAUAUGUUGGUGCCACACCAGAUCCAAGAUAAUGUUUUGAAGGAUGGCUAGAAGAAGAACAAGAAGACUAUAUCUAGGUAAGAAGUGACUUCAGGCGUUGGAAAAGGAAAACGAUUGGGAACCUUCCCUCACUUCAUUUCCAACUUUAAAGUAAAACACUUUCCUUCCGGACAUUCCCGUUCCCAAUAGAGAUGGCAGACAGUGUUGUUACUUUCCUGUUGCAGAACCUGACUCAGUUGCUCACCCAAGAAUCAAAACUGCUUGGUGGAGUGGAGAAUCAAGUCAGGUUACUUCAGAAUGAGCUGUCUCUGAUCAACGUCUUCCUCCAAAAUACUAAAGGGAAACGACAUGGCAAUGAGUUGGUGAAGCAGGUAGUAAGCCAAAUCAGGGACGUAGCCUAUGAGGCUGAGGACGUUAUUGAUACCUUCAUCGUGACUAUGACAAAGCACAGUAGAAGAGGCAAGCUGAGGAAGGUAAUCCAUUGCUUUGACCGAGCAAUAGCGCUUCACGAGGUUGCAAACAAGAUACAGAGCAUCAAGAAUGUCAUCAAGGAAAUCUAUGACAAUCAGAGCAAGUAUGGCAUAGAAAUAGCUGAAUCAUCUAGAGGAGAUGCAGAAGUGGAGGAGAUACUGCACAGACGCAGGAGAUAUGUAGAGGAAGAUGAUGUGGUGGGCUUCAAUUAUGACACAAAGGCAUUGGUGAGGCACCUUAUUGAAGGGAGUUCGCAACGUAAUGUUGUCUCAAUCAUUGGCAUGGGUGGCCUAGGAAAAACCACUCUUGCUAGGAAGAUCUACAACAACAAUGAUGUCAAGAAUUACUUUGAUGUCCGUGGGUGGGUUUAUGUCUCUCAAGAAUAUAGAAUCAGGGAGUUGUUGGUUGAAAUUUUGAAGGGUGUGACUCCAAGGCCAAAACUGAAAAAAUUUAUCUUGAAAGCAGAAUUGAAAGAUGAAUUAUUCCAUGGUUUGGAAGCUAUUUAUAGCUCGAAUAAGGAUAAAUUGAAAGGGACACUAAUCGAAAACUUGAAAGUUAUCGAGGAAAUGAGUGAUGAAGAAUGCAAAAAGACAUUCUCUAAGGUCUUGAUGCUGAAGAAUGCAGAGGAACAAAUACAAGACCAUAUAACGAAAAUUUCACAAGACCAAAAAUUGAAUAAAUUGUUGUUGCGUUUUGUGAAAGAUAUAUACAAAAGGAAUGGGGAUGGAUGGCAAGAUUUGAAUGAUGAUGAAUUGAAAAGUGGGCUGUUCGAAUGCUUGAAAGACAAGAGGUACCUAAUUGUCAUGGAUGACAUCUGGAAAACUGAACUAUGGAAUGAGGUAAGUACCGUCUUUUGUGAUAACUUGAAUGGAAGUAGAAUAUUGAUCACUAGCCGAAUAAAAGAAGUAGCAUUACAUGCAAGUAGUCUUAAUAGUAUUCCUCCUAUUCCCCCUUAUGAACUCCCAUUUCUUAAAGAAGAUAAUAGUUGGGAACUUUUCUCUAAGAAGGUGUUUCGGGGUGCUACGUGUCCUCCAGAACUUGAAAUACUAGGGAGAAAAAUUGUCAAAACUUGCCAUGGUUUACCACUUGCUAUUGUGGUAUUGGGGGGUCUAUUGGCGAAUAAGGAGAAAACACAUCGAACAUGGUCAAAAUAUGCUGGCCAUGUGAAUUCGUAUUUGACUGAGGAUAGAUCAAGUUGCAUAGACAUAUUGGCUCUAAGCUAUAACCACUUACCCCAGUGCUUGAAACCUUUCUUUCUAUAUUUUGGCAUAUACCCAGAAGACUUUGAGAUACCAGUGAGGCAACUAUUCCGACUUUGGAUAUCUGAGGGAUUCAUACGGCAAAAUGGGAACAGAAAUAUGGAGGAUGUUGCUGAAGACUACUUGGAGGAACUCAUUGAUCGAAGCUUGAUUCAAGUGGCAACGAAAAGGCUAGAUGGAGGAGUCAAAACAUGUCGUAUCCAUGAUCUUCUACGAGACCUCUGUAUAUCGGAGAGUACUGAAGAGAAGUUUCUUGAGGUUCGUUCAGAUGUUAACCUUUCAGCCAUAAGCAUCUCUCGUAGAAUUUCCAUCCACCAUGCCAACCAGCCAUAUAUUUCUUCCAGCCCUUGUAAGCCUUCAAAUAGUCGUUCUAUAAUAGGCUUCGGGGGUGUUGUUGAGCUCGAGAGUCCUUCUGAUAAUUGCUACUUGGAAUGGAUUUGCAAAAGUAACAAGUUGGUUCGGGUGGUAGAGCUCAGUAAUAUGGGCAUUUGUUGCUUAAUCCCCAACAGGAUUGAAAACCUGAUCCUUUUGAGGUACUUGAGCAUUAGAUCUGGUGAGCUUCAUGUCAUUCCAGAUUCCAUAUGCAAACUUUUCAAUCUAGAGACGCUGGACAUGAGAAAUUCUAUAAUACAACGCUUGCCCAGGGGGAUAUGGAAGUUACAAAAAUUGAGACAUUUGUACCUGGAUGGGCGAACAUCACUACCUAUUACUGACAAUGACGCAGCAUUGCCUAAUAUUCAAGUCCUUACUGGUAUAGCUGUAAAUCAAGACGUUGAGAAUCUCUUUGCCAAAGGCAGAUUUCCUAAUGUAAGAAAAUUGGGAUUGUAUUCUUCAAGAGCAUUGGAGUCAAAGCUUUUGUCAAGUCUGCAUCCCUUGUGUCAUCUACAAACUUUGAAGAUUUACUUUGAUCUUUUCGAGGUUUCGAGUCCAAUUUCAUUCUACUCAACCCUCACAAAGAUAACCUUACUUUGUGCAAGCUUAUCUCCGGCGGGCUUGGGAGUGUUGGGUAGCCUUACCAACCUUCGAAUACUCAAAGUACGAGGUGUCAUGGAUGUCCGGUUCCAGUUCACCCUUGAUUGCAAUGAAAGUAGUUUUCAUCAACUUGAAGUCUUUAAAAUUGAAAAAGUAGAUGUUUUACAAUGGACUAUGGAGAAAGGUGCAAUGCCAAGCCUUCAACGUUUGGUCAUCGAGCGUUGUGACUUUCAUAUAAUGCCCCCCAAGGAACUAUGGUGCUUGACUGCCUUGCGGGAUGUGGAAGUUUUAUAUCCCUCUCAAAAAUUGGCAAAGAUGCUUCAAAAGUUGCGGACGAGGGAUGGAUGUAAGCUCCAUGUCUAUCCACCUAAUUGAGAAAAAGAUGCUUUAUUUAGGUUCAAUUAUAUUAUAUUAAUUUCUUAAGUUUUUUUUUUUUUUUUUCCCAUAUAUUUAAGACUUCUACUCUUUUUUUUUAAUAUUCUUUUCCCUUCCCAACAAAUGAGGGAAUUUGAAUCUAGAUUCUCUAUACAAGUGAGACUGAAUAAUAUUACUAAUUCUAUUUAUGGUGAUAGAUCCGUUUUGGUUUGAAGAUAUCUUGGGACGCUACUUAAAAAAGUU